UAGAGCAUGCGCAAUACCAUUUCCUGCCAGUGCAAAAUGGCGGACAAGUUUAACGAUGAGAAGAUUAUUAGUGAAUUAAAACGCUUUGGUGAAACAGUUAAAGUCCCAAUAGAUAGAAAGAAACGACCGAUACUUAUAAAAAAGCUCAAUCAUUACUAUGCCAAAGAAAAUCCACCUGUGAAAAAGGGUAAAAGCACUAGUAGGACUCAAAGAAUUGCGCCCAAACCGGCAAUUGCUGAAUUCAGCGACGACAGCCAAGAUGAAACCGAAACUAGGCCAGAGAGGGGUAAAGGCCGAAUGGGGCGAGGUUCUUCGACAAAUAAUUCGUUUAAUGGAACAUCUCUUAGAAGACUGAGAGGAAGAGACAGUGAAAAUGGUGCUAACAUUAGUGGAGACAAUCUACGAUAUCGUAGUGGUAGAAACAAACGGGUGUCAGAAAUUUAUCCAAAUGAGUUUUCUGAUAAUGAUACCGGUGAUGAGAGUGUGUAUGAAGUUGAAGAACAAUCCAUAGGAAUAAAUACAACACUCAAUUAUGAUGAUGGUGAUGACACAUUAGAUGAAGAGGACUUCAAGCCAUACAAUUCACAGAGGUCAUAUUCUAACAAAUCAAAGUAUGAUAACAAUAUAUCAACCAUAAGUCAAGCAAACACAUCAAGUAAUCAUGCUGCAUAUAGUCCUAAAAAAGGUGAUGGCUCAUUCGAUUCAAGAGCCAAGGAAAUUUGGGCAAUUGUUUCUAAAAAUACUUUUUGUUUGGUUUGGGAAAUUUUAUCACACUUUCUUGGUUAUCUAUAUGUGAAAAGAGACCUUAUACUACCAAAAGAGGCAGCUUCAUCUCAAACAGAUCUCAAGGCGUUUACUUUUGAAGGAAAAACAUAUAGCCAGGAAGAAAUCAACGAUGGGGCACUACCUAUCAUAGUCAAGCUCCACAAAGAUUUAGCCAGACUAAAAGGGAAAUACCAACUGGGAGAAAUAAAGGAAAAUGACUGUAGAAUGCCGAAAGAAAGUGUUAAAGGUUAUGUGAAUAGUAGUCAGUGGUUGGCAGAUAAAGGUCUCUGUCUAUCUAUACAUGCAUAUCUUAGUUUGUACAAUCAUUUAUUGUUACAGGAUGACAUAAAAAAGAGAGUUUUGGAGUUGUGUUUAAUACUUAUCAUAGAACAUCCAGAAUGGGACAUAAGGGCAUAUGAUGAAUAUGGUAGUGAGGCACAUAGUUCAGGAGAAGUUACCAGUUUGGAAAGUGUUCAUGGGGAUUUAUCACUUUCACAAAGAGUCAUUCUAGCUCUUUACACAGUUUUCUACGGUUUGUGCCUACUUCUAGUGUGUGUGUUUGUGGGAGUGCUGGGUAUUAUCUACCUAAGAUGGCAGAAUAAGAGGAAGGAGCGAGCUCAGCAAAGAGUUUAUGACAUGGUGGAAAAGAUAAUUGAGAUCUUGAAAGAAAAUUUUGAGUUGUCAGAAAGAAAGAAUGAUAGUAAGAAUUAUCCCCCUUACCUGGCAGUACAGCACAUAAGAGAUCAGCUCAUACCUGUGGCUAAAAGACGUCAGAUGCUGUCAUUAUGGGAUGAUGCUGUACAGUUUAUUGAAGGUAACGAGUCAAGGAUCCGAGUAGAGACACAAAUGAUACAGGGAGAAGAGUUCACAGUCUGGAGAUGGCUUCAGGCUAUUCCAAAUGGACACAAAAUGUGGCAGGGACAAGCAUUUGGGGAGACAAGUCAGGGAAGUGUGAACAGUUUGCCUUAUGGCCCGACUCCAUGCUUGAAAGUCAGAAAUAUGUUUGACACAAACACAGAACAGAAUGUUGAUGAUUGGCACCUGGAUAUAGAGGAGAGUGUUUUAGAGAAGUGUCAGGAUAACCAUGGUAUUCUCCAUAUUUUCGUAGACAGAACAUCAAGAGAGGGUUGUGUAUACAUUAAAUGUAUCAGUUGUGAGAAAGCCUAUGAGGCUUAUCAGGCUUUACAUGGAUGGUGGUUUGAUGGUCGCUUAGUAACAGUGAAAUAUCUGCGUUUAGAGCACUACCAUGAUAGAUUUCCCGACUCAAGGAACAAAAAGUACCCCCUGAAACCAUCUAAAACUGAAAUGCCGUCAGUCUCCAGACCAUAUCAUAAAUCUGCAUUGGAGAUGACCUAAGAGCAAGGUGGACAAACAAAUAUCUGAAGAGAUUACUUAACUAUUGCAAUUAAAUUAACUGGUGAACUCUGUACAGAAAUUAAACUGAAUUUGGUGCAUGUGUUAAAUAUUAACCCAUACUAACCCUCAGCCUGUAGGCAGCGACUGACUCUACCCAUGUGACCAGAGCACACCUAGAUCAGCCAGCAUGUCUCUGCCAUCUGAGCAUGGUUGGUACUGUUCGCUAUUCAUUCAUUUUGUAUUGUAUAAAUUUUCCCGAUAAAUGACUAUUGGUUUUUGUCCAGAUUAAAAAGAUGGACAAAAAUGACUUUGUACAGGUUUAGAUGUGAAAGUUUGAUUUUAGUACAUGUAGUAAUACAAAAUGUGUUUUGACUUCAAUCUCUUGUAUGAUAUAAUCCUGUAUCAUCCUAAAUUUAUGUUUAAUGAAAUGUUUCUGCUUUGAUUUUAGAACUGUCAUUUGUUUAUUUAAGGGAUUUUAAUAUUAAGAUAUUUAAAUUAAGUGAUCAACAGUUUAGAUUUGUGUAGACUGUUGUUGUUCAAAAUGACAAUGAGCCUUAAGACAGGAGCUUAAAUGAUCUGAACCUCUAAUACUGAUCUUUUGAUGGUGAUUUAUUUUGCAUAAUGUUAGACUUUUCUGUAAAAUUCAACAUUUUAAAUGUCUUUGAACAACUUUAAAUGCAGUCAAAAGUGCUUGUACUUGUGUAUUUGUUUUAGAGAUAAGUUAUUUAAAAUGUUCAUAAAGCUUGAUUAAAAUAUUCAAAUAUUAAAAUUAUUUGGAAUAAAAAAAAUUUAAUGCAUGAAUUAUUUUUACUUGAAAACUCAAUUUAUUGAUAAGAAAACAAAGCCACUAAAUUUGAUAAAAGUCAGUGUAAGAAAUUGUUUUUCUCUCUUUAUGUUAUAUAUUUUUUCAUUCAUGCAAAGGAAUUUUUUACGUUUUUAAUCAAUAAAUAGUUAAUACUAUUAUUUAAAAACAGAACUGUUCUAAUUUUGUACUGCAUUAUUGAGACAUGUAAAUGAAAAGUGCUGUAUAUAGAAUAUUUCGAGUUUGAACACCACUACUUAAUCAGAAAUUUGUUGACCUUCAGUUAACUUGUAUUUUCUUGAUUGUGUGUGUGUGUAAAUAUGGAAAAAUGACUGGCAAAGGUAGGGCUUAAUUGGUUUGAUUUUGGUAAAGAUAUUUUAUAGUUACAUAUAAGUAAAAGUGAUACUGUGUAUCGGGUAAGAUUGAUGUUGUGAAGAAAUCUGUUAGGAAAGUAAUAAUAUUCAAUGAACAGUCAAACUUGUUCUAAAGACCACCAUGCAAUACAGACUGACAUUUUAUACCUGUUACUAAAGGACCACCUUUUUUAGCUCACCUGUCACCAAGUGGUGAGCUUUUGUGAUCGUUUUUCGUCCGGCGUCCGUAAACUUUUACUUUAAAUGACAUCUCCUCAUAAACCGCUGAGCCAAUUUCAUCCAAACUUCACAGGAAUGUUCCUUUGGUGGUCACCUUUAAAAAUUGUUAAAAGAAUUUAAUUCCAUGCAGAACUCUGGUUGCCAUGGCAACCAAUAGAAAAAACUUAAAAUAUCUUCUUUUAAAAAACU